CAAAGAAAAGAAUCUCUCCCGCAUAGAUGCAUUUUUUGAAAAGAGACGAAUACACACGCCUACCGUACCUAGCUAGCCUCGAUCUUACUCCUAUUGGCUUUCCUCCGUCGCCAUGGCAUCCCGGCCUCUUCUUCCUCAAUUCCUUAUCCCGUUCCUCGCGCUGCUCUGCCUCGCUCCCGCUAGUGCUGCAAGGAGAGUCUCGGUGUCGGUGUACUACGAGGCGCUGUGCCCGUUCUGCUCCAGCUACAUCGUGAACGACCUUGCCAAGAUCUUCCAGAACGGCCUCUCCUCCAUUGUUGACCUCCGCCUUGUGCCGUUUGGCAAUGGGCGCGUCUCACCCGACGGAUCCAUGACCUGUCAGCAUGGGGAGGAUGAAUGCCGACUCAACGCUAUAGAAGCUUGCGUGAUCAGACUAUGGCCUGAUGCGGAACAUCAUUUCCCUUUCAUAUACUGCAUCGAGCAUUUAGCCCUGACCCAGAAAUGGAGAGCGUGGGAGUCUUGCUUUCACGAAACUGGUCUGGCCUCUCAGCCUGUCAUAGACUGCUAUAACUCAGGAUCCGGCAGACAGCUCGAACUCCAGAACGCUGCAGAGACGUUUGCACUACAGCCCCCGAAUCAGUUUGUCCCUUGGGUGGUCGUGAACGGGAGACCCCUUGGUGAUGAUUACACGAACUUUGAGGCCUACAUUUGCAGCGCUUAUGAUGGCGAACUUCCAGUGGCGUGCAGGGGGAAGCACCUGGCAAUUACUCAACACACAAAAGCAAGCCGAGGAGACAAGAGGAAUCCGCGAGAGCUGGCUAUCGUACUCGCCUUAUGCAUUGCACUGUGGUUCUGAAGCGCUACCGUCAAGAUCAGGCCAAAAUUUUCAGAGCCAGAUCUGGCUAGCACAGUAAACUACUAACAAAUACUAGCAAGUAGCACCGUACCAAAACAGGAAAUUGUACAUUCCUUUGAUUUUUUUUUCUAUUCUCAGCAAAAAAAAAAGAGUAACUUGUCAUUUUUCUAAACAUGAAGCCUUUCGAGAAGUACUACAACAAACCGCUCACAUGUUGUACCAACCUACACUAUUCUACAUCUCUAACCACGAUGGAUUUGAACUACCACAACCUAUCAACAGACACACGGUAGCACACCCAAGCUAAUAAAGGUGAAACCAAUCUAUUUAUCUUUAAUACAUGGGUGACUGUCCACCAGUGUGAUACACAUGACCGCCAUAGACAUGACUCCAGUGUAACCACUCAAUAUAAAUCAAUCAAUGCCAAUUUCCACCCGGAUGAUUCGUUUACUUCAUGAUGGCUGGUGCAUUUCACAUGGCUCUUGCCCUAACGCACGUUCCUCCACCGCACCCAUUCCAACACGCGUCCCUCUUCCUCUACCUCCCGCCAAACUGACAACCAUGAUAUCGAUCUACCUCGAAGCCAAGCCCAUGCUCAAUCAAUUUCUGAAUAGAUAAUCUUUUUUCUGCUCCAACUUUGCUUGUUU